AUGGGCGAGUACUCGAAAUCACUUUCAUCGUACGAACAAUCACUUGAAAUCCGGAAAAUAGCUCUCUCUCCGAAUCAUCCCGACUUGGCUAUUUCCUACAACAACAUCGGUUUGAUAUAUGAUAACAUGGGCGAGUAUUCAAAGGCACUUUCAUCAUAUGAACGAUCACUUGAAAUCCGAAAAACAGCUCUUCCUCCGAAUCAUCCCGACUUGGCUACUUCAUACAACCACAUCGGUAUUAUGUAUACAAACAUGGGCGAGUACUCCAAAGCACUUUUAUCGUACGAACGAUCACUUGAAAUUCGAAAAAUAGUUCUCCCUCCCAAUCAUCCCGACUUGGCUGCUUCCUACAACAACAUUCGUAUCGUGUAUAAUAGCAUGGGAGAGUACUCGAAAGCACUUUCAUUGUACGAGCGAUCACUUGAAAUAAAGAAAAUAGCCCUCACUGAGAAUCAUCUCGACUUAGCUCCUUCCUACAACAACAUCGGUGUGGUGUAUCAAAACAUGCGCGAAUACUCGAAAGCACUUUCAUCGUACGAACGGUCACUUGAAAUAAAGAAAAUAGCUCUCCCUUCGAAUCAUCCCGUCUUGGCUACUUCCUACAACAACAUCGGUAUGGUGUAUGGUAAAAUGGGCGACUACUCAAAAGCACUUUCAUCGUACGAACGAUCACUUGAAAUUCGAAAAAUAGCUCUCUCUCCGAAUCAUCCCUGCUUGGCUACUUCAUACAACCACAUCGGUUUGAUAUAUGAUAACAUGGGCGAGUACUCAAAGGCACUUUCAUCGUACGAACGAUCACUUGAAAUCCGAAAAAUAGCUCUCCCUCCGAAUCAUCCCGACUUGGCUGCUUCCUACAACAGCAUCGCUCUCCCUCCGAAUCAUCCUGACUUGGCUACUUCCUACAACAACAUCGCUAUUGUGUACAAAAAUAUGGGCGAGUACUCCAAAGCACUUUCAUCGUACGAACGAUCACUUGAAAUCCGAAAAAUAGUUCUCCCUCCGAAUCAUCCCGACUUGGCUGCUUCCUACAACAAUAUUGGUAUCGUGUAUGAUAGCAUGGGUGUGUAUUCGAAAUCACUUUC